AACUAUAAAACCAGUUAGAUUUCUUGGAGUAUGGACUAGUUGUUAUACGUUGCUAUUUGAAAUCGUUUGACGAAACUCCAACAACAAUGAAACUCUCAAUUUUAUUCAGUUUUCUGACUGUGGGCCUUGUGGCAUUUGCGGUCGAUGUUAACUCGGCACGAGUUAGAUACUAUCACAAUGGUUUUGAGUUGAAAGGUACUGAGGCUCCGGAGCCUACGGAUGUUACUGACGCCACCGAUGCUACUGAAACCACAGAACCAGAUGAAAGUACUGAUGCUCCUGACAAUCAUGUCCCCGACCAAUUGCCCAUUGAUGAGGCGCAUCGUUUCAUUGAACAUUUAAUGGAUACUGUGGGCCAAAUUGUGCAAUCUGUGACUGAAGGAAUAUACUCAGGAAAACCUGUGGAGAUUCUCUAUUAUGAAGGACGUCCACAUCCACAUUUCCCUCAGCAUGGCUUACCCAAUCACCAUGAAUCUGAAGAAGGCAAUCAUGUGGCUGGACAUCCCAACGGUCAUGAAGGACCUGAGGAAGAUAACCAUGUACCCGAACAUCCCAAUGGUAAUCACGAAAACCCUGACGAUCACCAUCCAGAGCAUCAUGAAGGUCCCGAGAAUAACCAUCCAGAGCAUCAUGAAGGCCCCGAGAAUAACCAUCCAGAACAUCAUGAAGAGCCCGAGGGAAAUCAUCGCCAUCCAGAGCACCACGAAGAACCCGAAGAAGAAAAUCACCAUCCAGAACAUCAUGAAGAACAUCCAGAGCAUCAUGAAGAGCCCGAGGGAAAUCAUCGCCAUCCAGAGCACCACGAAGAACCCGAAGAAGAUAAUCACCACCCAGAACAUCAUGAAGAACAUCCAGAACAUCAUGCAGAGCCAGAGGGAAAUCAUCGCCAUCCAGAGCACCACGAAGAACCCGAAGAAGAUAAUCACCACCCAGAAAAUCAUGAAGAACAUCCAGAACAUCAUGAAGAACCAGAGGGAAAUCAUCGCCAUCCAGAGCACCACGAAGAACCCGAAGAAGGGAAUCAUCACCCAGAACAUCAUGAAGAACACAAGGAAGACAACCACCAUUCCGAACAUCAUGAAGAACCAGAGGAAGAUGAUCAUCAGUCAGAACACCACGAAGGCCACAAUGAAGAUGACCACCAACCAGAGGAUCACGAAGGCCACGAGGAAGACGAACACCAUGAAGGCCACAAGGAUAACGAACACCACGAAGAAAAUAACAAGGAAUCUGAAGAAGAAAAUCACGAAUCAGAACACCACAAAGAAUCAGAAGAAGGUGAUCACCAUUCCGAGAAUCACAACGAAUCCGAGGAAGAGGAACACCAGGAAGAACCGGAGGAAGAUUAGUCUGUUUUCGUUCUAUUCAAAUUAAAAUCACCGUCUAACUAAAUUUAAAGGUGUCCCCACAUGCAGGUGAAUGUGUUCACAACACCUUCGCCAGGCUUAGAGAUUUCCGAGCAGAUUUCCUCAGUUCAGUUAAAGAGCUAUCUAAAUUUGAAUGGAAUUUCGUAAUUUUAUUUACAAAAAGUAAAAAAAAAUUAAAAACAUUAAUAAAGGAAAUUAUAUAAAUUGCGUUGAAA